AUGGAAAAGUUUGAUGGCUUCGAAUAUACGAAGAAAGAUCUGAUUGGUCAUGGUGCAUUUGCCAUCGUUUAUAAAGGACGAUAUGCUGAUCGCAAGGACGUUGCGGUGGCUAUUAAGAGCAUUGCAAAAAAAAGUUUAACUAAGUCGAAAAAUUUGCUCACCAAAGAAAUAAAAAUACUUAAGGAGUUGUCUAAUUUGCAACAUGAAAAUUUGGUGGCAUUGUUGAAAUGUGUCGAGACGCCUACCAAUGUUUUCUUAGUAAUGGAAUAUUGCAAUGCUGGAGAUUUGGGUGACUAUUUGCAAAAUAAAGUAACACUUCCUGAAAUAACCAUACAGCAUUUCCUUGUUCACAUUUCUCGGGCCAUUGAAGCAAUUAAUAAAAAAGGAAUCGUACACAGGGAUCUGAAGCCUCAAAAUCUAUUGCUAUGCAAUCCAGGACAGCGUCCGAAUCCUCCGGCUACAGAUCUAAUUGUGAAACUUGCUGAUUUUGGCUUUGCACGUUUUCUAGGUGAUGGUCAUAUGGCAGCCACUUUAUGUGGCUCACCGAUGUAUAUGGCUCCUGAAGUGAUAAUGUCAUUGCAGUAUUGCGCCAAAGCUGAUUUGUGGUCGGUAGGAACAAUUAUUUUUCAAUGUUUGACGGGAAAGGCACCAUUUCAAGCACAGACACCGCAGGCUUUAAAGCAGUUUUAUGAGCGGAAUAAAGAGCUUCGGCCGAACAUUCCGACAUAUUGCAGUCCUUUACUGAAAGAUUUACUCCUUGGUCUGCUGAAAAGAAAUUCCAAAGAUCGCAUCGAAUUCGAGGCUUUCUUUUCGCACCCUUUCAUCACAACAAGUCAUGCAUCUGGCAAACAUCACGAUUUGGCUGUCUUACCACAACUCAUCUCUUCGCCAUCUCAUCGAGCAGCAAUAUCUGCUACAACAUCACCAACUGUUGCCGGACGUACUGUUGCCAGUUCAAAAUUGGAUUCACCUCAUCCUACCGGCUCGCGACACAGCACCUUUCCGACACCAAGACAGGCAGGAGUUGUGUCCGAUUCUGACGACUUCACAUUCCUACCAUCACUUCAUGGCACUCAAAUUCCCCUUGCUAAUAGUCGAUCAAAAACGUAUUCACCUCUUGUUUCUCGGCGACCGUUCUCUGCAACAAACCCAAAUAUUGACUCAUAUUCGGGAAAUCAUGUCAAACAGAUUAAGAUUUUUAAUGGUGCAUCUAAUGCACGUGCUGUGCCGGUACCAAGUCAGAGGCUGGCAUAUGCAAAAAUGGAAGAAAGGCGAAAUGGCUCUUCUACACAUCAUAAUCAUGUGGCAAGCAUUCAGCGAUGUAGUGCACGAAGUGUGAAUGGUGGUGCUGCUAUCACUGCUGAGUCCAAAGUUCCUUCCAUUGAAUAUAUUAGUUUGCCCACAACACAAUUUAUCGUGAAGGAUUCACGGACAUCACAGUGUGAUACGGCAUUACUAAGUCGACCACGAAGAUAUACUAUUGAUACCGUUGCAACUACUUCUGAUGCUAGUUCGUCACCGGAAUUAACUCCUUCUGCUACUUCUAAUGCUACCAGCGGAGGCUGCAGUCGAAAAAUUCUGGAAGCAGUUCCGGAACUGGACGCCAUGAAUGUCGUUCAUGCUACUCCUGGGAAUGAAACGCUAACGAACAAGGAAAAAACGGAAGUACGAAACAGCAAUGUGGAAAACAUUCAAUCUUGUAUGGAAGAAGGGGAUGUGGGAAGACCGAGUUCACCUCAGGCCUCACCUAUACCUCCAGUGGAUAAUCUAAAAUAUCUUUCGGUAUCGCCACCGCGAUCUUGUGCAUCGCUUACUGUUCGUGUAACUCCACGAGCUACCAAUGAAAUUUCAACGAGUAGCAGUCUGAGUGAGGAAGAAGAGGACGCUGAACUCAGUCAGCCGAUCCAUCUUCCAUUUGCAUCCAGUUUGUCUUCUCGUUCGCAACUCAUGGAAAGCGAAUCAGUAGAUGAGGGAAUCUGUACAGGAACUCAGGUCGCCCAUGAUGCGUCAAAUACGAAUGCAUCAGCACCUAAUCAAAAUGCUAUUCCAUCACUGAAUGAUAUUGCACCGUCGCUGGAGCAGGAAACUCUUAUGGGCGCGGAACAUGUUCAAGUGUUAGCGAAGUUGCGAUUUGUACUUGAAUUAGUUGAGACACUUAUUAAUGUUGCUGAAGACAGGGGAAAUCUUGUAUCCCUUUCGAUGUCGCCACGGAAGAAGAAAGAACGAUCAGAUGCAUACCGUCGAGCGGAGCAACUAGUUGUAUAUGUUCGAGCGCUUCAUAUGCUUUCUUCAGCUCUUCUUCUUGCUCAGAAACAGGUCGCAUCAGAAACCUUGCACCCAUCACCAGCUGUACAGCAUGUACUAAAUCAAUUGAAUGAUAAAUAUCAUCAGUGUUUGAUACGAUCGCAGGAGUUAGCAUCACUUGGGCUGCCAGGUCCAAAUCCUGCCAUGGCGGUAAUAUCAGCUGAGCGAAUUAUGUAUAAACAUGCUAUUCAGCUUUGUCAAAGUGCUGCUCUAGAUGAACUUUUUGGGAAUCCACAUCUUUGUUCUCAGCGGUACCAGACGGCCUAUAUGAUGUUGCAUACACUGUCAGAGCAAGUGUCGAGUGAAGCAGAUAAACUAGUUCUUUCGAAAUAUAAGAAUGCAGUGGAGAAGCGCCUUAGAAUAUUGGAGAAGCAGGGGUUGGUGCAAGCCAUCAGUACGGCAUAG